AUGAAUGCACCCAUCGCUUUUUUAAUCUGCUUCGUUGCGGGCAACGCCGUCGCCUAUUACGUGCAACGGCAACUCCCCUACAACAUCGGUCCAGAUGAUCCCUACAGCGUGGAAGUUAGCCCCAAUUUCUUGGUGGAGCCUUCACAAAAACUGUUUUGGGGCAACGGGGGCAGCAACCAAGUCGGGGGCAACGACUGGUGGACAACGAUAACCAACAAGUUUCCGUUCCUCAGAAACAAGUUUGGAAGGAUCGAAGCGCCACCACAAUACGUGCCGAACCUUUCUCCCGUAUAUGGACCACCGAAUAGGGUUUCGCCACAAUUCUAUGCACAGAGCGUUCCUCAGUUCUAUCCUGCUGGUCGCGAUUUCGCUAUCACUGAUGACGCCGUUAUAAUUACCCCCCCUGACGUACCUGCUAUACAACCCCAGCCGGUGCCACAGCCUUUACCGGAACCAGUCCCGGGAUACAGAUACAACAAGCCACUAAAUCGCCUAGAACUACCUAACCAUUAA